UUGCCCCGCGCCCGACAGCGCCCCCGGGGGUGGCAAGGCGCCCCUGUGCGCGCGCCCCUGGGUGCUUCCCCUUCCCCUCUCCCCGGCCAUGGCCCCCGGGGCUUAGACGCCUCCGCCGCCGCCGCUCGGAGCAGCCCGGGGGCCGGAUGGACGGGGCCGCAGGGCCCGGUGAGGGCCCUGCUCAGGAGGCCCUGCAGUCCUUGAGCCGGCGGCUUCGGGUGCAGGAGGAAGAGAUGGAGCUGGUGAAGGCGGCCCUGGCAGAAGCCCUCCGCUUGCUGCGGCUACAGGCGCCCCCAGCCACCCUGCAGGGCACUGUCCCGCCAGCUCCUACCAGGGACAGCCCUGCAGCUCCCCCAGGACUGCCACCCACAUGCAGCACCCCCUUGGUGAGCCGAGGCACCCAGACGGAGACAGAGAUGGAGAUGGAACCGCCGUCCCCCGGGCCCCCUGGCCUGAGCAAUGGGCCCCGGCCUCCUCAAGGGGGCAGUGAAGAGCCUGGCGGGACCCAGUUUGAAGGAGGGGGCAGCAGCAGCAGUGGCACUGGCUCCCCCGGUCCCCCGGGGGUCCUCAAGCCUGUGCAGCCUCCACAGCGCGCUGACACGCCACGGAGAAAUUCUUCCUCCUCCUCAUCCCCCUCGGAGAGGCCCCGGCAGAAACUCUCCCGGAAGGCAGCCUCCUCGGCCAACCUGUUAUUGCGGUCAGGGAGCACAGAGAGCCGUGGGGGGAAAGAUCCCCUCUCCAGUCCUGGGGGCCCUGGAUCUAGGAGAAGCAAUUAUAAUUUAGAAGGCAUCUCAGUGAAGAUGUUCCUUCGCGGCCGCCCUAUUACCAUGUACAUCCCGUCUGGCAUCCGCAGCCUUGAGGAGCUGCCCAUCGGCCCACCCCCGGAGACCCUCAGCCUUGACUGGGUUUAUGGGUACAGGGGUCGUGACUCCCGCUCCAAUCUGUUUGUGCUGCGCUCUGGGGAGGUGGUCUACUUUAUCGCCUGCGUAGUGGUGCUUUACCGGCCCGGGGGAGGCCCGGGGGGCCCUGGAGGAGGUGGCCAGAGACAUUACCGGGGGCAUUCAGACUGCGUUCGAUGCCUUGCUGUUCACCCUGAUGGUGUUCGCGUAGCCUCGGGACAGACAGCGGGAGUGGAUAAGGAUGGAAAGCCCCUGCAGCCCGUGGUCCACGUCUGGGACUCAGAAACGCUGCUGAAGUUGCAGGAGAUUGGACUGGGGGCCUUCGAGCGGGGUGUGGGGGCCCUGGCCUUUUCGGUUGUGGAUCAGGGUGCUUUUCUUUGUGUGGUGGAUGAUUCCAAUGAGCACAUGCUGUCAGUGUGGGACUGCAGCCGGGGCACGAAGCUGGCUGAGAUCAAGAGUACAAAUGACUCAGUCCUGGCCGUUGGCUUCAGCCCUCGUGACAGCAGCUGCAUUAUCACCAGUGGGAAAUCUCAUGUCCACUUUUGGAACUGGAGUGGUGGAGCAGGGGUUCCUGGGAAUGGCACCCUCACCCGGAAGCAGGGUGUCUUUGGGAAAUACAAGAAACCCAAGUUCAUCCCUUGCUUUGUGUUCCUCCCUGAUGGAGACAUUCUUACUGGGGACUCAGAGGGGAACAUUCUUACCUGGGGGCGGAGCCUCUCAGAUUCCAAGACCCCAGGCAGGGGUGGGGCCAAAGAGACCUACGGGAUUGUGGCCCAGGCCCACGCUCAUGAGGGCUCCAUCUUUGCCUUGUGUCUUCGGCGGGAUGGGACAGUGCUGAGUGGUGGUGGGCGGGACCGCCGGCUGGUACAGUGGGGGCCCGGACUGGUGGCCCUCCAAGAGACUGAGAUUCCUGAACACUUUGGGGCUGUACGGGCCAUUGCUGAGGGGCCUGGCUCCGAGCUGCUGGUGGGGACCACGAAGAAUGCGUUGCUGAGGGGGGAUCUGGCCCAGGGCUUCUCCCCUGUCAUCCAGGGCCACACGGAUGAGCUCUGGGGGCUCUGCACACAUCCCUCCCAGAACCGCUUCCUCACCUGUGGCCAUGACCGGCAGCUCUGCCUGUGGGAUGGGGAGGGUCACGCACUGGCCUGGAGCAUCGACCUCAAGGAGACUGGUCUCUGUGCUGACUUCCACCCCAGUGGGGCAGUUGUGGCCGUAGGACUGAACACAGGGAGGUGGCUAGUUUUGGACACGGAGACCAGAGAGAUUAUGUCUGAUGUCACUGAUGGCAAUGAGCAGCUCUCAGUGGUCCGGUACAGCCCAGAUGGAAUGUACCUGGCCAUUGGUUCCCAUGACAACAUGAUCUACAUCUAUAGCGUUUCCAGUGACGGUGCCAAGUCCAGCCGCUUUGGCCGCUGUGUGGGUCAUUCCAGCUUCAUCACUCAUCUCGACUGGUCCAAGGAUGGGAACUUCAUCAUGUCCAAUUCUGGGGACUACGAGAUUCUUUACUGGGAUGUAGCUGCAGGCUGCAAGCUGUUGCGGAAUCGCUAUGAGAGCAGAGACCGGGAGUGGGCCACCUACACCUGCGUGCUGGGCUUCCACGUCUACGUACCCGUGCGCGCGNCGCCAGGCGCCGAGCCGCAUCUACGGGGGCCACGGCAGCCACGUGACCAGCGUCCGGUUCACCCACGACGACUCGCACCUCAUCUCGCUGGGGGGCAAGGACGCCAGCAUCUUCCAGUGGCGAGUGUUGGGCGCGGGGCCGGCGCCCGCCACGCCCUCGCGAACACCGUCCCUGUCCCCCGCCUCCUCCCUCGACGUCUGACCGCUGCCGGACCGAGGCGACCGGCCUCUCGGCGCGCCCCCGCCCCACCCGCAUCCCCCAGGACCAGGGGCCGAGCCUACCCGCGACUUGGAAACAUUCCCAAGGCGAACGGACCCGCGCACACUGUACAAACCCUCUGGCCGAGCCGGGCAGACCCAGCUUGGGCCCCGACUCCUGCUGACUGCUGAGGGGCAAUAAACCAGAACCAA